AUGACAAGGAUAGUAAAGGUGCAAGUUUAUGCAGAAGUUCCAAUCCACCUACUUUUUGUCUCCACUACUUGUCUAGCUGGAAUUCGCUACAACAGUGUGCACUCACUAAAUCGCACUCAUCCCCGCGACAUGACCAUAGGAAAGGCUCAAAGCAGCGACUAUCUAGGAUCCACUAUACAGCCAAUAAGGACUGAAACUCCAAGAGUGUCACCAAUUGUAUCAGCAGAGCUUCCGCCCCCAUCUCGGGCACCGGCACCGAAACCCUUAAGUAGAAGGAGCCAGCGCUCGCAUGCGUCACCAACCAAUUUCGACAUUGAAGGCUCACUAUUUGAUGCUGCUAGCUCAAAGGGUGAAGAUUCCGUUCUAGGCUCAGGAAUUCGCGGUGCGGACUAUGAGGUACCGCGACAGCUGAGUCCAAACAAUUACUCCUCCUAUAUCGAGGAACAAGAGGAUCCAUUGAUAAUCGGUGGUGGUGACUUUGCUGUUAUAAACGACGUGGGCGGUGAGGAGGAAAACAGUGUAGUAUGGUCCACUUCAAAUUCCUACAAUCCACAGCCUCUGCAGGACUCCUGGAAGCUGCAGAACACUGCAUCGUCCCCUCCGUCUGUCGUAGCUCCUCCCUGGUAUACCUCUCGCAGUCGCGGUCAGAAGUCGCAAUACGCCAAUAUUGGUCACAAAUACCCUUCUAAUGCCUCGUCCUCUCCAGUCCGCCCUGAUCGGCGAGCAGCGCUUUAUGCUCGACAG